AUGAUCAGAACUAGAGAUCUUCAGUUGCGAAGAGCUGAUCAAUUUCACAAGUUUCUUAAACCCGGAGCUCUCGCCCGCAUCCGUGACUCCCGAAUCAGUGCUCGAUCCCACCGGCUUAGCUCCCUCUGCCAGAUCUCUCUUUGCCCCAACUCACCGCCGUCCUCCUCGCGUUCGACUGAUGGUCAGCCUCAGAUCAACGUCGCCGAGGGUUCCCCUCUCUUUGCCGGGAGGACCUACGGUCCACGGUGCCCUCAAAGGAAGAAGCUCGUGGCCUCCAAGUAUGUUUUGUCUGUUGCCGCUGCCCCUUCCAAUCUAACACUGAAUCUGCCCGAUCUCAUCACCGAUUCGUUUAAUAAUGACGUUGUUGUCACUAAUUAA